ACCGACCCCCCCUCCCGGACCCCAGCAUCGCAACCCGAUCCCUCUCUCCUCCCCCCACCGCCGCGUGCGCGAGCUCGAGUGCGGCCAUGGAUCUGCUCCCGCCGGCGACCGAGCCGCCGGCCGGGGGAGGCGGCGGCGGCGGCGGCGCCCCCGCCCCGGGGAGGAGGCUGCGCCGGGGCGUCGGGUUCCGGUCGCUGAAGAUGGUCAGCGUCUCCAUGGACGAGCCGCUCCCCGCGGAGCCCGUCGGCGUCGCGUACGGCCGCCUCGCCAACGGCCUCGCCUACUACGUCCGCUCCAACCCCAAGCCCCGCAUGCGCGCCGCCCUCUCCCUCGCCGUCAAGGUCGGGUCGGUGGUGGAGGAGGAGGACGAGCGCGGGGUGGCGCACAUCGUCGAGCACCUCGCCUUCAGCGCCACGUCGCGCUACACCAACCACGACAUCGUCAAGUUCCUCGAGAGCAUCGGGGCCGAGUUCGGCGCCUGCCAGAACGCGCUCACCUCCUCCGACGAGACCAUCUACGAGCUGCUUGUCCCCGUCGACAAACCCGGCCUGCUCUCCCAGGCCAUCUCAGUCCUGGCCGAGUUCAGCUCUGAGGUUCGUGUGUCGGCGGAGGAUUUGGAGAAAGAGAGGGGUGCUGUAUUGGAGGAGUAUAGGGGUGGACGUAAUGCUACUGGGAGGAUGCAGGAUUCCCAUUGGGCAUUGUUGUUCGAAGGCUCCAAGUAUGCAGAACGCCUGCCUAUAGGUACUGAGAAGGUGAUACGGACUGUUCCUCAUGAGACUGUUAGGCACUUUUACCAUAAGUGGUACCAUCUAAGCAACAUGGCUGUCUUUGCUGUAGGGGACUUCCCAGAUACACAGGCUGUUGUUGAAAUGAUAAAGGAGCACUUUGGCCAGAAAGCCCCACCUUCAUGUCCUCCACCAGUUAUACCAGAUUUUCCAGUACCAUCGCAUGUUGAACCUCGGUUUUCAUGCUUUGUGGAAUCUGAAGCUGCAGGGUCAGCUGUUGUUGUUAGCUGCAAGAUGCCUGCUGAUAGAAUUAAAACGGUGACGGAUUAUCGGGAUUCUCUGGCAGAGUCAAUGUUUCAUUGUGCUUUGAACCAAAGGCUGUUCAAAAUAUCUCGCAGGAAUGAUCCUCCAUACUUCUCUUGCUCUUCAGCUGCAGAUGCUCUUGUACGACCAGUGAAGGCAUAUAUUAUGACAUCCAGUUGUCGCGAAAGGGGAACAGUCGAGGCUCUUGAGUCUAUGCUGCUUGAGGUUGCUAGGGUUCGGCUCCAUGGAUUUUCUGAACGUGAGAUAUCCAUUGCACGUGCUUUAAUGAUGUCAGAUAUCGAGUCUGCAUAUUUGGAACGUGAUCAGAUGCAGUCAACAACCCUUCGGGAUGAAUUCUUGCAGGACCCUUUUUGCACAGCUUCUGCUUGUGGAGAAACUGGUGGAAGACACCUUUUGCUUCUCAGCCAUUUUCUUCAUGAAGAUCCUGUUGUCGGGAUUGAAUAUGAAGCACAGUUGCAGAAGACUCUUCUACCCCAUAUUUCUUCUGCGGAAGUGGUAAAGUUUGCAGCAAACUUUUCAACAAUAAGCAGCUGUGUUAUCAAGGUAGUUGAACCUCAUGCCCAUGCUUCUUUGGAGGAUUUGAAAGCAGUUGUAUUGAAAGUCAACACUCUUGAACAAGACAACGCUAUUCCUCCAUGGGAUGAAGAGCAAAUCCCUGAAGAAAUUGUCAGCCAAAGUCCAGAGCCAGGGAGUAUUCUUGAUAAAGUGGAGCACCCAGGAAUUGGUGCUACAGAGAUGAUACUUUCGAAUGGCAUGCGAAUUUGCUACAAGUGUACUGACUUUCUUGAUGAUCAGGUUGUUUUUACUGGGUUUGCCUAUGGUGGUCUGUCUGAAUUGUCUGAAGAUGAAUAUACCUCAUGUUCAAUGGGUUCAACAAUAGCAGGAGAGAUUGGCAUUUUUGGCUACAGACCAUCUGUCCUGAUGGACAUGCUUGCUGGCAAGAGAGCUGAAGUCGGUACAAAAGUUGGGGCAUACAUGAGAUCAUUUUCUGGGGACUGCUCACCUUCAGAUCUUGAAACUGCUUUGCAGCUUGUCUACCAAUUAUUUACAACAAAGGUGGAGCCAAGAGAGGAAGAAGUAAAAAUAGUAAUGCAAAUGGCAGAGGAAGCUAUCUAUGCUCAAGAAAGAGAUCCUUACACUGCAUUUGCAAAUCGUGCACGGGAGAUAAAUUACGGGAAUUCAUACUUCUUUAAGCCAAUUAGAAUAAGUGACUUGAAGAAGGUGGAUCCAAUAAGAGCGUGUGAAUAUUUCAACAAUUGCUUCAAGGAUCCAUCAGCUUUUACUGUUGUAAUAGUUGGAAACAUAGACCCAUCUAUCUCAGUUCCACUGAUUCUGCAGUACUUGGGUGGAAUACCUAACGUAGGGAAUGCAGUUCUGCCACUUACUCGUGAUGAUCUAAAAGGAUUGCCAUUCAAGUUUCCGGAGACUAUUAUUAGAGAAGUUGUUCGCAGCCCUAUGGUUGAAGCUCAAUGCUUUGUGCAACUAGGAUUUCCUGUGGUUUUAAAGAGCACAACAAUGACAGAGGAUAUUCACUAUGUUGGGUUUCUAAGUAAACUUCUGGAGACGAAAAUCAUGCAAGUGCUUCGUUUCAAAUAUGGACAGGUUUACUCAGUCAAUGUAGGUGUCUUCUUAGGUGGCAACAAACCUUCAAGAAGUGGAGAUAUUCGUGGAGAUAUAAGUGUGAAUUUUUCAUGCGAUCCAGACAUGUCAUCCAAACUUGUUGACUUUGUGCUGGAAGAGAUAUCAUUUCUACAAAAUGAAGGCCCUUCUGAAGAAGACGUAUUAACUAUCCUUGAAAUUGAACAAAGAGCUCAUGAAAAUGGAUUACAGGAAAAUUACUACUGGCUGGAUCGAGUUCUGCGGAGCUAUCAAUCAAGGGUUUAUUCUGGAGAUGUUGGAUCCACCUUUGAGAUCCAAGAUGAGGGACGUCUAAAGGUUAGAGAGGCUUUGACACCACAAUCGAUGCAAAUGGCCUUGCAAAGAGUUGUGCCUUUCCCUUGCAGAAAACAGUUCACUGUAGUUAUUCUUAUGCCGAAGUCAUCCUGCUGGAACUCGUUUAAGGCACUGCUUACUUGGAGCCCUGGUGGAUUUAGCAGAGACGCAAAGAUUUUGGCUGGCAUGGCUGGCGCAAUAGUGUUAGCGGUCAGUUUGUGGAGAUACUCACGUAGCACAUUGAGAUCAUAGCACGUCUAUCACGCUCUCGACUGUUUUAGUAAGAUCCAAAAAUGGAUCUGUCAAGACAAUCAUCUGCUUGACUCCAGGUACAUGAGCUGACGACAAGAUUUUGGUUUCCUCCUGGGAUGCUGCUUCCUAUCUGAGAGUGGAUGUGGUGAUUGUCCGUCACAGAAGAAAGUAUACAGAAAUUGGUAGCUAACAGAUUCAUUGCCGCAUGCGUGCGCUAAGCCUGUAACACAACACCAUACGAUUCUUUUGUCGCAGCAUACGUGCCCCGUAACAGCCACUGAUGUAUAUUGACACCUCCCAUUUCAUUUGAUCCUCUAGACUGCAAGUAGGAAACGGCAGGUUGCAUGCUAUUAGCUGAAGUAGUAGCGGUUUUGUUUCUUGGUGAGCUUUGGAUGUGUGUUUGUGGGAAAACCCAGAAUGAUAAAAGAAUAUAGGAGUAAGGAUGCAGACAUUUGUAUGCACUGUAUUUGUUACCUUCACCCCUAUUCUUUCCGUGUUCUGUUCCA